GUCUCUGCCAUCAAUCAACUCUUCUUCUUCUUCUUUUUUUUUCUUUUUCCCUCCUCUUUCUUUCUUUCUUUCUUUCCUUCUUUCAAUUCUCAUUUCAACUCCGUCUCUCCCUGUCUCCCACCUGCCUGGUACAUGGUACAUGGUGCAUCACGUUUGAGCGCCUGGGUGCAUUUAUAUAAUAUAAUACAUGUAUGUAGUUAUGCAGCUAAACAUGUUGGUGUGGAUGAAGCAUGCAUGUCAUGGACGGAUGGUAUCGAGCGGUUAUAACGGCCGUUGCAUGCAUACCAAAGUACGCAUGUUAUAUUAUCAUGGUUGUUGCGCAGAUGACCGAGUAGGUGAGCUACCCGACGAGUAUGCGAUUCAUGGGGGGAAAUUGCCCGUCACUUAUCCAUCCACUUGUUGUGAUUGACGGUCGAUACGAUACAUCCAUGGAGAGUGAUGGUCUGUGGAGCUAAUCUCUUUUUUUUUUCUUUACUUUCCUUCUCUAUUCCUUCUCCUAGCAUCCUGUCGUCGUGGUGGCAGUGGAAGAGGUGGAGAUGAUUAUGUGCGAAAAGAUAGAGAGAGAGAGAGAGAGAGAGAAGGGUGCAAUUGAAUUGAUCCGUGUGCCUAUCGACCAAAAAGGAGUCGUGUUUUUUUUUUUCAUUCUCCCGCACACUCAACCAUCACGCCGUCUCUUCCCCCGUAUAAAUACCUAGGUAUGUAGCAGCAUAUUCGCGAUGUUACAAUCGCUUGGUACCUACACACAUAGGUACGUAUAUGUACCUGGGCAGUCGCAGCAGUAUUCACGCUGUAUGGAACAUGGAUGUGCUUAAGUAAGUAACCAUGUAUGCAUGUGUACUGCCGCCACCACCCUGGAGUGCACACCACACC